AUGGCAUCGCAGGAAAAGUGUGUUUAUGUUGGCAAUCUCGAUUGGACGAUUACCGAGGAUGAACUCGGUGAUCACAUGAAGGCGGUCGGGCCUGUCGUGUCGGUCGAAAUUAUGACUAGACACGAUGGGAAAUCUAAAGGCUGCGGAAUCGUCGAGUUCAAGGAGGCGAGCUCUGUGGAUAAGGCUAUUGACACACUCAAUGAGACGCAAUUGGGUGAGAGGAAAAUCUUCGUCAGAGAAGACCGUGGCCCUGCCAAGCCCAGAUCUGAGAAUGGCUCUCCCCGUAGUGGCAAGGGCAAGGGCAAGGGCAAAGGGAAGGGUAAAGGGAAGGGUUAUUCGGAUUGGGGAUUCCCUGGCAAGGGCAAGGGCUUCAAGGGUUACAAGGGCAAGGGCGGUCUCAGACCACUACGUGUGGGCCCUCGUGACAAAGGCAGACUCGUCUAUGUUGGCAAUUUACCUUGGAGGACCGCCUGGCAAGACCUGAAAGAUCUUUUCCGUGAAUGCGGUGAAGUUAUUCGUGUCGAUAUCGCCGAGGGCUGGGACGGCCGUUCCAAGGGUUUCGCUACUGUUCUCUUCGAAGAUGAGGAGGGCACUGCCAAGGCUAUCGAGAAGUUUAACGAGUACGAUUUUCAAGGGCGUAAGCUACUUGUACGCGAGGACAAGUUCGUACAGUAACACAUUUUUCCUCCGAGUUGUUUUCCGCCCAAUGAUAAUGAUAGUACUGGUGUGACUGCUAGUUCAAUUUUUGCGAUCAAUGAAGCUGAUGAUCGCUUUGAAUUUAUGACGGCGGUGAAGACAAUGAUGAUGAUGAUGAUAUUGACUAACGUAUAGCUACAUCUGAGAUAUGAGGGUC